AUGAACUCUCUGGCUUCAUGGCAGCUGCUGCUUUUCCUGUGCGCCACCGCCUUCGGGGAGCCCUUGGCAAAGGUGGCACCAGUGGAGAGACCUAGGCCCGUAGGCCAGCGGCUGGGAGCCCUGGCGCUCCCGCCGUGGGAGCAGAGCCCGCGGUGCGCCACCGAGAGGAUGCCAGCGGCUGCGGGGCCCGGGCCGAGCGCUCGCGGGGCCUCGCCGUGCGCCCUGGAGAGCUCCGGGGGACGCGCGCGGCCCGGCCUGUGCGCGGCGCGCAGCCGCCUGAUCCCCGCGCCCCGCGGCGCCGUGCUGGUGCAGCGCGAGAAGGACCUGUCCGCCUACAACUGGAACUCUUUCGGCCUGCGCUACGGCAAGCGCGGGACGGCGCGCGGCUGA